AUGCUCUUCUGGGUGUUUCUUGGCCCCCUGACUUUGGUUCUGGGGGCUCCUAUCAGUGUUUUUUCUGAUCCUACCCUGCUGACUUGUGGCCAGAAAAGCUUACAGCUCACCUUACCACAAGGCUGGGAAGGGAAUGUUUCAUUUGCGCUGACUACAUGGGAUACUGAAGGGAAGGCACAUGCUCUGCAGAAUGACUUUGGCUGUGGGCUCUUGGUAUCUGGGACUCCAGAAGGCUCCAGGAAAAUACCAGUCUCUUAUGCAGGCUGUUAUGUCUUUGAGUGGGAUCACAAUUACUUUAUACUGGUUGGGCUUGAAGGAAUAGAUGCUGCUGGGCAAAAGGUUCUUCAUGAAGAACUGCUCAGGUGCCCUGUGGACCUUCCUGCCCUGGAUGCUCCAAGCACCAGUGUCUGUCUGGCUGUUCCCAGCCAGGACCGGCUGCCGUGUGCCUCCCUGCCCAUCAGCCAGGGAGAUGAAUCACGAGGCUGCUGCUAUGACCCCAGAGACAGGGUGAAACCUUGCUACUUUGAUAACACAGUGACAGCUCAUUGCACACCAGAUGGCCAGUUUUCCAUUGCUGUUUCUCGAGAUGUCACCCUGCCACUUGUUGCCCUGGGCUCAGUGCAACUGGCCAGUGGACACAGUACUGGCUGUGUCCCUGUCCUAACAAACAAUGCCUUUGUUGUGUACCAGUUUCCACUCUCUGCCUGUGGCACUACUUUUCAGAUGAAUGCAGACCAGGCCAUAUAUGAGAAUGAGUCGGUGGCAAGCAGGAAUGUGAAGACUGGGAGCCUUGGCUCUGUCACUAGGGAUAGCAUUUUCAGGCUAUAUGUCCGAUGUACUUAUUCCAUCAGUGGGAGCUCUGUUCCCUUGAGUGUUCAGGUCUUUGCAUUGCCACCACUCCCUGCUGUGUCCCAGCCAGGUCCUCUGUCUUUGGAGCUGCGUGUUGCCUCAGAUGGAAGCUAUACUUCCUACUAUAUGGACAGUGAUCCUGUUGUGAAGACUCUGACAGACCCUGUUUAUGCAGAGGUCAAGAUCCUUCAGAGGACAGACCCAGACCAUUUAGUUCUGCACCACUGCUGGCCAAGCACCAACCCCCAGCAACAGCAGCAGUGGCCAAUUUUGGUGGAUGGCUAAGUGACUUGUAAAAACUUUGGGUGCCCUUAUGCAGGCAACAACUAUCAGACACGGCUGAUGCCUCCAAGUUUCACCUCAGGACUACUGUUGCCCUCUCAUUACCGUUUCACUCUCUACACAUUCACCUCUGUGGGCUCCACUUCCCAUGAGAAACUCUCUGGGUUGGUGUACCUGCACUGCAGUGCUUCCGUGUGCCACCAGUUUGUAAAGGAGUCCUGCAUCCCCUCUUGUCCUUCCAGAGAAGGUCCUUCCCAUGUCUCCAGCAAAGGCCGUAUUUUCCUCCAGCAUGAGCUAAGACAGGACACAGCCAAGGAUGGCCUUGGAGCAGCUGUGCUUGUUGCAGCCCCCUUGGCUCUGGGAUUUGCUGCUGUGGCAACUGGGACAGCUCUGUGUGUGGUGCAUGUGGUUUCUGUGCUGUGCCAAAGGAAGGUGUCAGCCAUGCAUGAAAUCAAUAGAUUGCAAUAA